AUGGAAGGUCUCAUGAAGAAUGGGGAAGUCGUGCCCGUCUUCGCGAAACCGAACGGGGAUUGGAACAAGACCCGUGACAGGGCAGAUGAGAUCUCUCGGCUUAUCCCCAUGGCAGCAUCAGAUGAGGACUGGGGCGACUUCAUCACUGGCGUCGAGGCAGUCCACCAGAAGCUCAGCAUCCCGAUGGGCGAGUCUGUGGCCUCGUUCCUGGACCGUGAGCACGCGGGAGAGAACUUGUUCGAGACAGACUUCGGUGCCAAUCUUGCCUGGGGGGCUGAGCCGGUGCGACAGUCGCUUCCCAGGGACUUGAUCGGUCUUGAGGUCCGUGACAAUGACCUUGAUCGUAAAGGCAAGAUUGUCGGUCUCACCGUGAACCCGGAUGCAGUCUUGUCAGUUCACUGGGGCGACGGGUUCGAAGCCGAACUCUCUUGCGAGGAGUUUCGCCGGCUCCACUCUCCGGGAGCAUCUGUGCACUUCGACAUCGGCACGCCCAGCCCUCGUGCCAGGAAGGGCUGUCGCCGGAACAAGGGCGAUCAU